UAAUUACAUUCCACAACUGGUUACCUGCCGGAAAUAAACAAUAAAAUGCGAAUGGAACUGUAAAAAUAGGAAUGGAGCAACGGAAUCUGAGAAUGGAAUAUUUGAAUUAACUAACGUCAUAAUGUGACAUAUGCCUACUACAGAAUGUGCGAUACAAUGAGAAUUUAACAGAAUUAGUUCAUUUCACCAGCCGACUUCAACCUGUGAACCACACAGAUAUUCAGUGUGACAAAACUAAGAAAAGUGGGAAAAUUCUAACCUCAAGAACAGUUUAAAGUUAGCGAACUGAACCGUCAGUGAAAGCAUUAACGUUAACUAGGUAAGUAUCUAAACAAAUAGCUUUUAAUGUGUGACAGGAGUCCAGUAACCGCCAGACAGAAUCAGACAGAGUCGUUCUUCUGGAAGAGUUCAGUGACAACAAGCUGUAGGGAGACGCCACGUCUCUGACACCAAAAUGGAUGUCAGUGCAGAGAUAGAGCGCGCUAUAGAGGAGAUGGAGAGGGGAGAGCUGCUUUCCACUGUCUGGGCAGCCAUAGAUGAAAUAUUGGCUGACACAUCCAACCCUCCAUCUCCUCCUCUUGUCCCUGCUGAGCUGGAACUCAACACCCACCCUCAGCCAGUAGAAAGUCAGGCUGAGGGAUAUGGUGCGUGUAUCCCCAUGAUGGCAGAUCCUCACAUGUUUGAGCAGCAAAAUCCACUGAUGGCUGCUCCCACCAUGUACGAUGGACUUCUGUGUCAGGGAGACAUUAUACAGCCAGGUCACCUGUAUAGUCAGGCAGGUGCAUAUAGCCAGGGACAGUAUCUGCCGUAUCUGUGGCCUGAAGCUGAUGUCCCGACAGCAACAGCCGUCAGUCACCCUGCUGCUGCUCCACAGCCAUAUCUGCCGUAUCUGUGGCCUGUAGCUGACGUCCCGACAGCAACAGCCGUCAGUCACCCUGCUGCUGCUCCACAGCCAUGUAACAUUGCGCCUGUGGUGAAGCUCUCUGAAGGCCAGAGCCUGCGUUGGGUUGGAGUGUGGAAUGGAGAGAUGUUGUACGAGGUCAUAGCAGAAGAUCAUUUUGCUCCUCCCGUCUCUACUGCUCCUCCACUGAACACCUCCAAGUCAGGAAAGAGAAAGUGUGAAAGCCAGCAGGAUGAAAACCGUCCGUACGUAAAGAAGCCGCCAAAUGCCUUUAUGCUCUUCAUGAAAGAGCAGAGGGUGAAUGUUGAGGCUGAAUUAAACAUCAAAGGCAUAAGGACUGCGGCGGCUGUAAAUACAGUCCUGGGACGGAAGUGGAAUUCACUAACAAAAGAAGAGCAGGCCAAAUAUUACGACAAGGCCGAAGAAGAAAAAUGGCUCCACGCCCAGCGACACCCCGGAUGGACCACCAGAGAUAACUAUGGCAAAAAGAGGAAGAGGCAGAGAAAAGUUAAAGCAUCUGCAUCUAAUCCUGAAGAGGACACUCAACAGGCCAAGAAGCUGUGUGUGACACCAGUGCAGACAGCAGUGAUGGAGUCUUCCUCCUCACUGACGGAGGCCCCUCACACAAAGACAAGAAUGAUGGAGCCAUGUGACCUGCAGACAGUCCUGGGGAUGGAGGCUCCACAAACGCAGACAGUCUUGGUGCAGCUGCCACACACACAGACUGCCGUGACUGUGCCUGUGUUCGACAUGUGUCACCUGCCACAGGUGUAUGAGGUCAGCCCUGCCUCAUGGCUGGAUCCUCCAGAAACAGCGUCCACGUCCCUGGCCUCCCCUGGUCCACUGACUCUAACGCAGAUAGAGUCCACCCACUCAGAGGAUGUUGGCGGACAGGUGUCACCCAGUGACAGCCAGCUUAAGCCACCUUCCUCUCCUCACUGUACAGCUUCAGCUGCACUUCUCUAGACAUCUGCACUCUGGAGCUUAAUAAAAAAGAAUCAUACACAAAAAGAAUCACAAAAAGUUCUUUGACAUGACAACUAACAGAGCACCACAGAGCGAAACAGUUUUGAAAGCCAUUAUAUUAUUGGUUAAACACAGGAAAACAGGAUCAAGAAAAGAGAACAGCAGCCACAUGUUUAAACUAUUUAACAGUCUACUCUGUAUAACGUAAUACAGAUAAACAGCACCACAACCUACACCCUCCAAAAUGAUCAUAGAGUCAAAUCAACACCUCUCUAAAACAGCUUCAACGAAAACAUAUUGCAGAAUUAUUGGAGGACUGUUGUAUUAGACAGUUAC